GCCAGGAGGGUGGAGGCCAGAGAGGCAAGCAGUCACAGAUGGAGAAUGUGGAAGAGUGUUUGUCCAAGAAGACUGAGGAGAUUAUCUGCAACGGAAAUGGCAUUUCUGCUUUGGAGAGAGACCUGAAUAGAACCUUGUCUGAACUGGAGGUGCAGGCCUUGAUGAAAAAUGAUUCACUUCAAGCACACACAAUGACAAUCCCGCGGAUCAUCCUCACUCAUCCCUCUACCUCAGAUGAAGAUGUGGAGCUCUUGAUACAGAUCCCCAGCAGAGAGCCCGUACAUGCCUCUGACAUUCCUGACAGACGAUGUUUCGACAGCGCUUUCUACCCACCUUGACCACAGCGUAGAGCGACUCACAUGAAGGACACAGACUGUUAUUACCCAGCUCUUUGUUUAGUUUUGUUAGUGUAAAACAAACUGUCAGAAUGUGUUUUUUAAGCUUUUUGUCAUUUGCUGCUAAUAGUAUUUGGUGAUAUUAAAGUAAUUUGCAAGAAUGAGAAUUUAUUUUCAUUACUAAACCCACAGAGUUUUGCCUGUGCCACUACAUAGAACAGAGACAUGAAAAAAGCAUGAACAAACUGCUUUAUAAUGUAUUACAUGUUAUAAUA